UGCACACUGACCCGAUCACUUUGAUAACCGAGCGACGGGGGGCAUCCAAGAGAAAGGACGAAAAGAUGCAACUUAUGAAAGCUUGGAUCAACAAGCUGCAAAGACAGGUCAUGGCGCAGAUGCACCCAUACGGUCCCCCUCUGGGUCAGUAUGCCUUUCCACAGCAUAGGCCGAAUUCUCCCAACCCCCGUUCUCUCAGUCCGCAUGGCAAUUCGGCACGAUGGGGUCACGCCAGUGGCGGCAGCAGCGCAGAGAAGGGCGCGGCAUAUGCCAACAGGAACUUUCCUGCAUCCUCGAGCAAUCACAAUAACAUAGCCUCGUCGAGAAAACCUGCCAAGCGGAAUGGCGGUCACGCUUCAGUCACCAAAUCUCGGCCACUUGGCAGUGGUAGCUCGGGCAGCUCUGGGGGCAACUCCGGGUACCUGGCCGAGCUGGACAAGAACAUGGGUCCCGGUGGACGGGCCAAAAUCAACAGCACCAUGGAGAAAUUCCUCGAGCGCGACCCGGAUUACCAAAAGAAGGCUUACCUCCAUCCGAGUUCUCCUCGACCGCGCCAGAUGUCAGGUCCCGGCUACGCUCCUCAUUACCAGGAGUUCCACGAGUUCAACAACAACGCACACUAUCCGACGCCACCCCUCCGACCGAUGAGCACCAGUUCGCACCGCAUGUAUGACCUUUCUUAUAUGGGUGACCCACGGUAUGGCCACCCUCAGCCGGGUUAUGUCAACCAUGCCCCCCGAUACCCUACGCCGCCGCCGCCACCGCCGCCGCACUUUCGCCCGUACCCUGAACGCGUCAACCCAGAGUAUGAGCACGUGGACCCUCGUCAUCACUACGACGGCGGCCUGCGUUCGACGCCGGAGGCGGACAAGGAUCCCUAUUACGGCUUACCUGACGCCGGGCCGAGCUCUUUCAAUGAAGAGGAGUUAAUACAGGCCUACCGGGCUUUCUAUCCCGAGGGUGAGUCUACUUCUGCAGGGGCAGCUGAGCAAGCCCGAGCAAGCCGAACUCGCCCCAAGUUUAUACCGCGGGGGAUGCCGCCGGGGAAUCCGCCUCCCAGGCCUCGAAAGAAGUAAACCGACGUGGAUUAAUGCUUGUGAUUUUAUCUAUAUGUUUAGCUUUUGGACUCGGUACGCUGUGCGAGGAUUCUGUCGUGUUUUUGGAUUUAUA